AUGGCCACUGCCAUUGAGUCCGCCCCCUACACUGGUCCCUCCCCGCGCCACAUGAUCGACACCCACACUCUCGCCCAGGAGAUCAUCAACCGCGACAACGACCCUUGCCCGAUUCUCGACGAAGACGAGCUGGCUCUCCUCUCCCAGUUCGUCGCCGACCCCUCCAAAGCUGGCGCCCUCCUCGAGGCCCGCGGCGAGGAUCCCACCAGUUCUGGUAGCUUGGUGGCCUACGUUAUCUCCCUUCACGGCACUGAGAAAGUCGCGCUCACCAACGAGGAAAUCACGCUUCUGAAGGAAUGGUUCGGGAACGGCCGGAAGGCUUGA